AUGCGUUUAUAUGAGGGCCUCAUUGCCUUAUCGUGUUUCAAUCUUCUGGUUUGUUUAGCUACUGCGACUGUUGAAGAUGAUGACGACAUGUUUGCAAGUAUUCUAAAGUUGAAUCCGCAGCUUAAUGCGUCAAAAAAUUGUCAUGGUUUAAUUCAUUUUCUCAAAAACAACUGGUUGAUAAAAAGUGGAAAGGACUACGAUAAGGCUCUCUCAAGUUUGAAUGAACAUUUCACUAAAAUAACCAAAAAAGUGAAAAGCAAUUUUGAGGCAAUCACAAACUCCAAAUAUGGCUACAGGUAUAUGUUGGGAGAGGAAUCAGACAAGGGCAUCUGCUCUCAGAUACAUUGUUGGAAUGGCGAGAAGUGUGUAACUGGCAUUAAAUACGAAGCGUUCGAGGGAACUUCGUGUGGAAAUAAGAAAUGGUGCGACAACAAGGAAUGUUUCAACGACGAGAAUGCACCUGAGAACAAAAUAAUUUUGAAAAGAGAAAAAUUAUGUUCCUCAGAUAAAUGUCUAUUUGGAGAUUACGACGAAACUAUGGAGAUGUUUGGCGUGAAGAGUAUUGCAAUGAUGUCACUCAAAUUCCGGGAAAUCCAUCCUUCGAAUCAGUUCAAGUUAAAAAGAAUCAGCAGUGACUUACUUGUUGGGAAUGCAAAAAAUGGAGCUUGCUUCGACGAGUUCGUUAGUGGAGUUGUGAAGCUGAAAGCGGAUUCCCAUCUACAAUGUGUCAACAAAUGCCUGCAAUUCGGUAUUGAUACUUUCCUUAUAGAUUGUCCACCAGAAUUUGAUUACAUCCCGAAGUACAACAAGUGUUACAGCUUCCGAGGAAAAGGGAUGACGUGGAAUGAAUCUCGAACGCUGUGCAACACCGUCUUCAAUUUCCAUUCGGUUAUAUGCGAUGAUCCCAACGAGAAACUGGCCAUUGCAAGUCUUCGUGCUAGCGGUUCAACCUACGCGUGGGAACCGUAUAUAGGUGAAAGGAGUGCAAUGAAAUAUUCAUUCUGGCUGGACGAUUACCCUAAAUAUCCAAGGUCUGGUUUUGACUGCAUUCAAGCUCUAUACCCAUCGUAUGAUUGGUUUAAUUGGGAUUGUUCCUCUAGUGACUCUGUGUUAUGUGAGAUUGACAUGUUCUGA